UCCCUUUUCCUUUUCUUUAAAUUCCGCCACUACCAUUUCCAACAACAUAGCCAUGCCCUCCAUGAAGACCUCAUCGUCCAAAACCUCCGAGUCCUCGACUCAGUUCGACUCGCCCCACUCGCCUCUCCGAUCCUUCCCGCUCUUCGACAACGCCGACCCCUUCCACUCGCCGCAAAAUGACAACUCCCGCGCCAUCGUCAUCGUCGAGACAACUUCGACUCAAUUCGCCCAGGCCGCGCCCCCCGCGCCGGAGUCCGAGCACCGGAACCCGCCUCCGGAGGCCGUGGUCACCCGCCCCGUUUGGCCGGAGACGAAGUCGUCGGCCACCGUUGGUCGGACGCGACCGAGGCCGGUGGCGCCGCCCAGUUCGGUGGUGCCGAAGAGAGAAAUGAUGGCGAAAAAAGUUGCAUUAGGGUUUCGGUUAAGCGAAGUAGUGCUGUGUCUGAUUUCGUUUUCGGUUAUGGCCGCGGACAAAACUCGUGGUUGGAGCGGUGAUUCUUUUGAUCGCUACAAGGAAUACAGGUAUUGUUUGUCUGUGAAUGUAAUCGCAUUUGUAUACGCUGCGUUUCAAGCGUGUGAUCUGGCGUAUCAGGUAGUAACGGGAAGACGCAUAAUCAAUCACCACCUGCGUUACCACUUUGAUUUCUUCAUGGAUCAGGUUUUGGCGUAUCUUUUGGUAUCGGCUGCAUCAUCUGCUGCUACACGCGUUGAUGACUGGCAAUCGAAUUGGGGAAAAGAUGAUUUCACAGAGAUGGCGAGUGCUUCAAUUGCGUUGACCUUUCUUGCUUUUGUUGCCUUUGCUAUUAGCUCGUUAAUCUCUGGCUACAACCUCUGCACUCUGUUCUCAUAGCAACAUUUUAACCUCGUAUAAGCUGUCUUUCCAUUGUACACACAACUACACACUUUUUUUUUCUUCUUUCUAUUCCUCUAUUCUUACUGCUGUGGAGGAAUGCAUUCAUGAGUGUUGGUGCCAGUGAUUUUUUUUUACUGUACAGAUAGACUUGUAUACGUACAAUUGAGGGAAUACUGUUCGUCUUAAAUCCGAAGGAUGGAGAAGGAAAUUUUUGUGUUCACCUUAAAAUACAAUUAAAUGAUUGUAUUUUAAUGUUGUUGCUUAAAAUUCGUUUAUGUUAUUCCAUAAAUGAGGUCGAGAUUUAAGGACUCGCCAAUUGAUAUGUUAUUUAUUCUCGUUUA